CGCAGGCUUCCUCACGCGUUGAGAAACCCGGCUCAAGCGCACAGGGCCGACAGCCGCGAGACAACGACCUGGCAGGCCAGAGCCCACCACGAAGCCACAAGAGGCCGGGGGCAGGGUGGGAACCGCAACAUUGCAUCCGAUUACAACGAGAGAAAACCGGGACGGGACUCGGGGUCCGCUCCAGGCCCGCCGCCCUGCGGAGGAUCGGCGCGCAGGCCUGCGGUUUGGGGAAAACCUAGAUUUCCAAAAUGAAUAAAGAUGCCCAGAUGAGAGCAACCAUUAACCAAAAGCUAAUAGAAACGGGAGAGCGAGAACGCCUUAAAGAGUUGCUGAGAGCCAAAUUAAUUGAAUGCGGCUGGAAGGACCAGUUGAAGGCACACUGCAAAGAUGUCAUUAAAGAAAAAGGAUUAGAGCAUGUCACUGUUGAUGAUUUGGUGGCAGAAAUCACUCCCAAAGGCAGAGCCUUGGUACCAGACAGUGUAAAGAAAGAACUCUUGCAAAGAAUAAGAACCUUCCUCGCCCAGCAUGCCAGUCUUUAACUUCGAUGUUCAUCUGCGAUGCAGUGUUUCUGUUUCUGUAUUAUGUCAAUCAUGUCGGGAUUGGAAUGCAAUUUCCAUACUUAGGGAUGGAAAAUCAUUAUUUUUCAUGUAUGGUGAGUUGAAGUUUCUUUGCACUGCAUUGAUUUCUUAAACUUACUGUUAUUUUAAUAAAAAAAAAUGUGAAGUUGUGGUUCUAAGGCUCUUCUAUCACUGCACUAUAAUAUGGUGUCACCUAUUCCAGCUUUUAAUAAUUCAUAAUUUUAUAUGGUUGUGCAGACUUGCUCAUAUUUUCCAAAAAGAAACGUGAUGAACAAGAGAGUGUGAGUGGCUUGAAGUCUCUGACUUGCGUUGCAAAUAUUCACUCAGUAAUUCAUAGGAGGAUGAUUUCUUUAAACAAAACCAGGCAGUCAUAUCUUUCAUCAAUAAUUCUCUGAAUUAAAAGAGUCACUAUUCUGAUCCACAACUAUGGUUUUCUAGCUUUGCCCAUAUUACUGGUAAUUUUUAAUUAUGCGGGUCAUUGGGGCUUUUGGAAAUUUAAGUGCGAUACAAUAAUUUGCCAACAUAAGUCUCUUAGGAUGAUACAUUUUAAAUUCUCGUAUCUGGAACUGCAACAUCAGCCAGGUCCGUAAAUAGCUGCAAAAAUAAAGUUGAUGAAUAGAGGAGAUCAGGCAAGGGGCUCUAAAGUGAGAACGUUUAAUUUUUGCCGGCUUCAAUUAGAGGUAAGUGUCUAAUAAACAGUGGAGGAGAAGCAUAAGCGGGAACUGAAUGAGAAAUUAGAUACUGUUGUGAAUCAGCUACUGUGAAAAAUGAAUAGACUCAACAUAGAUCUUAAUCCUCCUAAUUAGUAGAAUACUCUAAAAACUCACUCAGUGUGGAGCUAGUCUUCGCUGGCUGCUUAGAAAGUCGUGCCUGUGCCAGUGGGUUUGCGUCUCAUUCCCCAGUGUAAGCCCUUAAAGAGGAGCCACCUGGAGGCCCUGCGCCUCACACAUCGGGAGGGUGCUGGCUGCUCCCCCCAGGUCUCCAACCCAACCGCUGCCUCCCAGCCCCUCGGCUUUAGAAGAGAAAACUAGUGUGCUCUGCUGCCAAGCAAAGUGCUUGCUUCCCAGGCUGCCUGGUCACGGGGAAGUCAGGCGGCUGGGGCUGGGGCUCAGCUGAGUCAGUCACCUGCUGCACAGGGCUGGUGUGAAAUGGCAGCCACAGGACUAUCGGUGCUGGGCUGGGAGCGUUUAUUAACUUCUCUGCUCAGACUGCAAACUGGGGAACAGACAUAAGAGAGGAGUCCAGAAAUAGGCGAAGGCAAAGUCUGGCACUAGACAAAAGUCAGGGUAAACUGGGCAAUACCGACAAUGCUCAACAGGAUGAGAUGUAACAGGUCACAAAGACCUUUUGUCUACACAAGACUGAGUUCCUGCUGGGACUGGAACAUUGCAGGAGCCAGGAUCAGGAAUCUGCUGCAGUAUACAGAUAUUCCUUCUGAGGGACUUUGCUGUACCAUUUUAAAUCUACCUUUGUGCCAGUUUGAGCAUACUUGCUGUAUGUCAUUGCCUCUACACUGUUAAAUAAUGGUGGACGUCAGAAGAAAAUUCUUUCCACUUACAAGAUGGGUUUCUAAGUGGAAGUGUUUUAUAAGCAGUUUAUUUGCAUUGAGUAUGUUAAUUCAAUGUUUGAUUGCUACUUCAUUUGCAAUGAGUAUGUUCUGUUUGAAUUGCAUAUAUGUAUAUUUAUUCUGAGCUCUUUAUUCUAGACUUGAUUUACCUGAUGCUAGUAACGGAUGGAGUAUAGAAUGUUUCUUCACACAAUCGAGCAGAAUGUACCCUAGCUUUGUGUAUGUCUAAUACAGGGCAAGGCUGUAAAAUA